AUGAACUCUGCAGCAGAUAGUUCAUGCUCUUGGACACAUGCUCCUGAUCCUGCUGUCUCACAGCAUUGUGAGGAUGAGCGCAUAGAUACUGAUGUGGGGAACUCGAGCUCCAUGGAGCAUGUCUCCUUCGUGGAUGAGCAGAAUGCAGGAUUCAAGAUGAGGCCUCUAAAAGAAGAGCCUGAAGAUGAAGAUUCUCACUGUAGAGGAACAUCGAGCUCUGUUGGACACUCCAUCCAGAACACUGAAUUUCUGAAGAAUCCUAUAAAAGAGGAAGACUUGGAAGAUGAAGACUACCUGUACUGUGAGGAUUGGAAAGUCUUCUUCAUAAACAAAUGUGAAGUUCAUGGUCCGGCUCUCUUCAUCCCUGAUACUCCUGUUCCCCUGGGUGUCGCUGACAGAGCCAGACAAACACUCCCACCUGGACUAGAGAUACGGGAGUCCAGUAUUCCUCAUGCGGGUCUGGGAGUGUUUAAUGAAGGGGAGACUGUUCCAGUUGGUGCACAUUUUGGACCCUACCUAGGAGAUCUGGUAGACGGAGAGGAAGCUAAGAACAGUGGGUAUUCCUGGGUGAUAUUUAAGAACAGGCUGUAUGAGGAAUACAUAGAUGCAAAGAGAGAGGUGCAUGCUAACUGGAUGAGAUAUGUGAAUUGUGCUCGUAUUGAUGAGGAGCAGAACUUGGUAGCUUUUCAGUAG